AUGGUCUUGUCGUCUUGGGUAGUGCUCAAGUUUGGCGGCACAAGCGUAUCAACUGCUGAGCGCUGGCGUUGUAUUUGCAACCAGAUCCGCUCGCACCUAGAGUCUUCGUCAUCUUCACGCGUGUGGGUCACAAUCUCAGCUUUAUCCCAAAUCACAAACAAACUUACUCAAGCAUUAGCGCUAGCCAGUGAACGCGGCAGCAGCCACAUGGAGUUAACCACCAGCAUAGCACUUCAACACUUUUCGCUGGCAUACGAGGUAGGACUUUUGCCAACGCUUGAGGGUAUAGAAGACAGUGCAGAAUUGUACAAUCGAUGGCAGCACCUCUGGCUGGACAGCAUAUUCAGCCAAGAUUUAGAUGGAUCGUCGUUUUCAAGGUCUCCCAUUAAUUUUUUACUGCCUAAGACGCUACAUCCACUUGUGGAGGAGCUGAAGAAUCUCGUCCGCAUGCUGGAAGGCAUUCGACUUACAGAAGAAGCAUCGCCUAGGAUUCAAGCACGUGUACUAGCAUUUGGAGAAUUGCUGUCGACUCACUUAGGGAAAUGUAUUUUAGACCACUAUGGUCUCACUGACGUCGAGCGAGUGGAUGCAAGAGAGCUGCUGGUCAGUGACAACGCAAGUGCCAAAUCUGAAGAGGACAAGUAUCUGCAGGCAGAGGUUCUUCCCCGACUGGAUCGAGAACAAGCUGAAGUUGCGGCUAACGGGAAGCGUGUAGUACUGACACAAGGUUUUAUUGCCAGCACAAGCACAGGAGCGACAUGUGUGCUCGGACGCGGAGGAAGCGAUACGUCGGGUUCGCUUUUCGCCUCUUUGCUAGGUGCUCUGAAGUACGAAAUCUGGACCGACGUGCACGGCAUGUUUACAACAGAUCCGCGCUUUGUACCUGACGCACGUUUGAUUAAAAAUCUUGACUACCGUGAAGCACAAGAGCUGGCUGCUAUGGGUGCCAAAGUGCUGCAUCCUCGUUGCAUCAAUCCAGUACAGUGGGGAGGGAUACCAUUAGAGAUUCGAAAUACAAACGAUCCCAAAGGCGAAAAGACUGUAAUUCAUCCUGCUACCGAUGCAGAUAAGGCACAGCACGGAAGUCCCAAGAUUCUUGCCGUGGUCAAGCGCCAGAACAUGACAACGCUAAGUAUUACCGCUUUUGACAUGUGCGGAACUUCAGGCUUUCUGGCCAAGGUGUUUGCUCCGUUUGAAACUUGCGGAAUUUCAGUGGAUUUGAUCGCAACCUCACAAUUCUCCGUGACAGUCACGCUGGACCACAUUCCUGGUGGAAUUCAAGGUGCACCAUUUAACCAAUUGCUGGAAGCUUUGAAUGAGCACUCGAAAGUGCGGGUAUUCGAAGACUGCUCGGUGGUUUCAAUUGUCGGCCGCCGACUGCGUAAGGCGUUGGCAGAGCUUGGUUGUGUAUUUAGUGUGCUUGAAAAUUACGAUGUACUGCUGCUUAGUGAAUCUGCCGAAGAUUUGAACCUGUCGUUUGUACUUCAGCAGAAAGAGGCCGACGAGGUCGUCGCCCGCAUGCACAGCUUCUUUUUUCCCGGCGACAAUAAUGUGUCCUCAGCAAAGGUCGUAGCUGUAGAUGGAAAGCCUUCAAGAGCUCUCCCUCCUCGUUCUCCUCACCCAACUACUUCUACCAGCGAGACAAUUGCUGGAGUACUACCAACAAUUCCUGGGCCAGUCGUUACUGCUCUCCAGCAGUCAACAUUUCGUCGAUCGCCUUCGCGUGACUUGUUGUUCGGCCCCACGUGGCAGUCAUUGCUUAAUGAUGCGCAGACGUAA